ACGCCGCCGAAAAGGGCUCUUCAAAGGCAUUGGGAAGCAUGCAUCCCAUUUUUUACUGUGCUGCCAUCUAUCUGCGAAUACUGUAAUUACUUUUGAAAGUAGUUUUGCUGCUUUCCGACAGGUGGUACUAGGCGUCCGUUGUUUGGAAAAUUGUGUCUCCGUUUGGGAAGGCGAAGGAAUUUUUUUCUUGUUGUGUCUCCAAACAAAAAUAAUUCGAGAUGUCAGACUGAUGAAUUCUCCACGCACACGCGGCCAGAUGGCAAACCACCACGCAGGCCUUUCCACAGAGUGAUUGACGGGGUGCCAAGAUGUGCUUGGUUGGAUCCGGACAUCUUCCGCGAACUCCACCUGUUCAGACCCAUGCCGAAUGACGUCGUAACGAGCACGUAUCCCAAAAGCGGAACUCACUGGGUACAUUUCCUCGUCCAACUCAUCCUAAAGGGAGGGAAACCGGUGGAGUCGUAUGGAGAGUUCACCAGUCACACUCAUGCAUUAGAGUACAUGAAGCACGACGAUUGGAAACCCAGUCUCCCAAUGAGACUGUUCUACUCACAUCUUCCUCUGAACAAGGAGACCAUGAGCAAGGAGGCCAAGUACAUUUACAUCGCCCGAAACCCGUGGGAUAUCUGCGUCUCCUUCUACCACAUGAUGACCGAGCUCAGCGUCUGGCAGUUUCAGAAUGCCACCUUCGAGGAGUUCGUGGACGCCUUUCUGGAGACCGACCUGGGCUACGGAAGCUACUUCGAUCACGUCUCAUCGGGCUACAACCUGAGAAACCAACCGAACGUGCUGUUCAUCACUUACGAGGACCUCAAGAGGGACACCAGAGGGCUGGUACUGAGCUUGGCGCGGUUCCUGGGGGAGUGCUACUACCGAGCCUUGAAGGGAGACGCCGAGCUUCUGGCAAAAAUAUUGGAGUGGUCGAAGCCUGAAUUUAUGCGCAAGAUAAUAAUAUUAGAUUUCGGCAAAACCCAUAACACGGCAUUCAAGGAAAUAUUCGAGAGGAACACGGUGUCAUGCUCUCACGGGUACGAAGGAGACAAGAACAAAUAUGCCAUGGUGAGAACAGCCAACGUGGGCGGCUGGAAAGAGUACUUCACGUCAGAGCUACUGGCUCGUUUGGAGAAGAAGAUACAAGAGGAAGGUGACAACGCAGCAUUCAUUGAUCUUUGGAAAGACAUUCGCGAAGAGGCCAUUGCAUUCUCGAAAAAUACAACCUGAAAGUUGCAGAGCUGGCCGAAGAAACCUGCUGAU